AUGAAAUCGGUGACAUUGGCCAUGUGGUAUCUGUCGAUAGCGCUAGGAAACCUGAUUGUUAUCAUUGUCACCGAGGUCAAGCCUUUCAGGAGUCAGAAAGCCGAAUUCCUAUUCUACACAAUCCUCGCCGUUUGCACAAUGACUCAAUUUAUGACAAUAAUUGCACGAUACGAUUUAGAACCAGAAAAGCCUACAGCUCCAAAAAUUGCAACCUCAUAUUUGGCUGUUGAUGGCACACCUCUAGUGUUUGGAGAAUCCUUGAAUGAAUAGACUU